UUCACGACAGACGGUCGAAUUUCGAGGAGCGGCGCGGUCCCAAAGGAAAUUUCCACCGAUUUUCUUAACCGCGCGGAAUCGUGGAUUUACGAGAAGAUAUUAUCAAAUAACGUUUCGCCUCGAACGUCGUGCAGGAGUGAUACGAUUUAAUUAUCAAACGUGUGGACGUGCGGGGACGUUGGAGGAAACUUUAAUGAAAUUUCGAAUGAAUGUUUGCGCGGGAUGGGCGAAUACGGGGAUUAAAUUAAUGACGUAUGCAGCGAAUACGCGACCAACUCGAAAGUAUGAAUUAUUUUCGGUGUGGCCGAGCGAACGUUCUUCGAGAAAAUUCGAGCAAAUUCGAGAACGGAAUAAAUUUUCGCUCGCGAUAGUGACGAUAGGGCUAUGACUCAAUUUGCCGAAUAUUGAAUUGGACAAAGACGGAGUAAACGUAUAUCUAGAAAGAAAAAAGAUAUAAACGAUAUAAACAAUUUUUACGUCUCUCGUUACAAUGAUUAACAAUUACACAAGAUAUUCAACUGCAAUAUAAUACCAAUGUAAAGUAAUGGAAAAAUACAGAUCCAUUUUAACUUAAUAAGUCAAGUAAAUACGUACAACGAUGUUCUACGAUGACGGGCAAAUUUUUCGUCGCUGCAUAUUAAUCGCAUUAAUACUGUAUUCGAAAUAUUAUCACGUCAAAUUUUCAUCUUUAUUGCGUUACAUUAUAUUAUCUCCGAGUAUAGAUGGAAUAAAACAAUAUAUUUGUUUCACAAUGAUUUCGGUCGCGAUAUGUACAAUAACUGCUUAAAGGAUUAACAACUCGUCACUCCAUUAACGUUUGGGAUAACACGAAUAAACGAGAGAGCAACGAAACGAAACGAGAUGGAAUGGAACGAUGGUUGUUCGUUGAACGAUUAAGAGACCGGGAAUCUCGAUUAUUAUUAAUGGAUAUGAUAACAAUGAACGGGUAGAAUUAUUCGAAUUUUGCGAUGAUCGACAGCGACGCAUAUCGAAGGAAACGAAACACCGAUGAAAAUCUAGCCUCGUGGAAGGCCAUUCUCUCGUGUAAAACGAAACUUUAUUGACACGGGGCUUCGAGAUGUAUGCACUUGCACGCCAUGUGUAUCGCGUUAUUUUAUAUCCUCUUGUGCAGUUAAUUAAACGAGAGAUUACGUGAAAUUUUUAAUAUCGCUUAAAUUCUUUUUUCGUUCAAAUAUUUAUCCAAUAAUUUCAUCUGUAAAUUAAAGUUGAUUGAACGACUAUCUUAAGAAUUCGAGAGACAGGAGAAGACUCUUAUGUAAUUAUCCUGAUGAACAUUAUCACACACAGGAAGAUCAAAAUAAUAAGAAAAAAAGAAACCUCCUUAAUGAUUAACAAAAAUCGAUACCAUAAGAUCCUCACGAGAAGAAAAGAAAAUGUGUCGAAAGAUCGAGAAGAAGAAAAUCUCGAAACACGAGAAGAAAAAAAGAAUGGAGGGCGAGCUAAAAAAUCAUAGGCCAAGGGAAACGUUAAUUCCACCCUUGCUGUCUCAUUCCACGGACAUUAUCUCGCUAUUUAUCUAUCCCCCGACGAGGUGGAUCGUUGAAGGAAGGAAAGUUGAACGAACACGGGGGCAAGAGAUGAGAAAUUGCGCGAUUUAAUAAAGGAGGCUGGUUCUUUUCGAGGGAAUAAUUGCCGGGGAAACGAGGACGUCCAUCUCCACUGGUAUGACCGAAUGAAAUUGGCUCUCUUCUCAUCCCUUGGAAAAAAUGGAAAUUUCGCGUGGAUCGACGAAUGUACUGUCCAUUACGAAGCUUAAUAAAAUUAGAAAAUUCCUUACGGGGCUAUAUUUCGGAACAGCAUAAUACUUGUGAGAGGAUCAUUUUUGGUUGUAAUAUUUUGGACAACAUUGAAGGCGUUCAGACAGGCCAUCAUGGACGUUGAGGCAGCGCUGCUGGAGAACUCUCCAACACUGUCGACGAUCUCGUCGGAUUGCACCGACACCACAUAUUCGGGCCCUGGCUCGCCCUAUUCCCCGGAAUCGCCCAUCAUCGUCACCUCGUCCUCGUACAAGAAAACAAAGGAUGAUGAGGUCACGCCUAGACCGACACCCAGGCAUCCACUACCGCCCAGGAAGCCCAACUUCCGGAUACGACCGCCCUAUCUCAUGAUUUGCAUCAGCAUCAUAGAGAUAGCCGUACACUGCCUGGGAGACGAAGCGACGCUGCGCAGGUGGUUGGUCUACGACCCCCGUCAGAGGGUGCAAGGAUGGAGGUUCGCCUCGUACAUGCUGCUGCACUCGAACGCGCUCCACCUUGCGUUGAACGUGGUCAUCCAGCUGGUGUUGGCCACCCCUCUCGAGGUGGAACAGGGUCGAAUAGGAGUGGCAACCAUCUAUUUAGGAGGUGGCGUUUGCGGUGCACUUGGGGCAUCCCUUCUUCAACCAAGCCUCUUCUUGGUUGGUGCCUCGGCAGGUGUAUAUGCCUUACUUACCAGCCAUCUUGCACAUCUUUAUUUGUGUCAUGGAGAGCUCCGUUAUGCCGGCUGGCGGCUAGGCGCGGUACUACUCUUAGCCAGUGCGGACGUUGCUUCUCUGCCAAUCCCAGCCCUUCUAGGUUGUGGUCGAGUCGGUUGGGCCGCGCACGUAGCUGGUGCACUGGCAGGACCUCUCUUGGGGCUGGCUGUGUUCCCAAACCAGAGCAAAAAGGACGCAAGGGGACGAAGAUUCGUCAGAUUCGUUCGACUCUUAUCCGCCAUUAGCGUGAUGCUCCUCGUCGUAGGCGCCAUCUUGGGCAACAUCUACCUGAUCGCCCUUCCACAACUGAGGAAGCCAUCCUGACAGAGGAUCGAGCUGCUCGUCAAGCUCUGCAGACGAUCCUUCCUUAUCGUCAAGAUCAGGGAAGCCGCCGAGAGCGUUUUCGAGUAGGUCCUUCUCAAUUUUAUCUCUUUGGAAUGGGAAUAUUUGCCACGCUACUUGGACCCAGGGAGAAAAUUGGAAUCGUGUGAAAUUGUGGGAAGAAAGAUUCGACGAUGAAAUCUGAGAUAUGAAUCUUUGAAUCUCGAAGAUUGGAAAUAUUGUGGAUUAUUAAUAAAUAAGGAAAUUUUUUACAAGUGUGAAUCGGUUAGAAGUGACAUGGUGCUGAUGGAAAUGAUCGAGAAGAAAGAUUUUGGAAUUGUAUGGAAUAAGAAAUUAAUUUAUAAAUUGAACUUGGAAGAAAUCUUGGAAAAAUAAAAUAUUGAAAAGAGUUGUAUAACUUGAACUUUGAGAAUAAACAGUAAUGAAUAAACGAUGUGCAUUUAAUUGUAAAAAGGAAAGACAUUCUGAAAAAUUAGAAGAAACACGAAGAAAAGAUAGUGUCCCUGAAAAAUCCAUUGAUUUUCACUGCUUACAAAAAAACUGCCACAAGAGAACCAUCCAUCAAGCAAACAAUUUCUCCCUCUCGAAAGAAGAUAGUAAUAAAAAUGGAAAAAAACAAGAUCAAUCGAUCAACCAAAAAAAAAGAGAAAGGAGAAGAGACAUGAGAGGAACCUAAGCGAUUCUUACCGAAAAAAAGGAAACAAAAGAAAAUUGGCUGGUAGAAUUCCAGGUAGCUGGAUCGAAGUUUCUUUAAGUGUAUCGACAGGAAUGAUCGAGAAUCUCUUUUUCGAGAGAACCACAACACCAUCGUGUCCACGUUUUUAAAAUAUCUCCUUUAAAAGAUUUGAUUCUUUUUAUCUUUACUUUGUGAUGUCUUCGAUUCGAAAAGAGAAAUCUAUGUUGGCCAAACUGUCUCUAAUAGCGAGAUUACAGUGAUUUGUGACGGUGUUUUUUCAAACUCUGACGAAUCGUCGUCGUUCAAACGACGAAUGGACACUUACGAACCGUAUAAAUUGCUUGCUGGACCGCGAUUAUUUUGUCAAUACGAUCGAUAAAGAUGAUUUUGAUAGAUAGAAAUGGUGACUGAAGAAGUUUGACUACGUACGAUAUUUAUAUGUACUUCUGGUGUAUGAAAAGAAGGAAUUGAAAGAACUCGAUCGACAGGAACUUUUGAUUGUAGUUUUGUGAAACAGAGAAUCGAAAGAAGAAGUUGAAUUGUGCAAUGAUCUGAUCAGCUAUUUAAAUGAACGUUCAGUGAAUGGACAGAGAAAUGAGUGCGGAAGUUAAAGAAACUGGAUUAUUUGAAAAAAUAGAUUUGGUAUUCUGGCCAAAAGUUUGGAAUUACCAAGUCCCUUAAGAAAUUGAAAAAGAGAAUCGACUUAAGAAUUUUAUUAUAUGAAAAUUCUUCGAAAGCCUUUAAAGAAGUAAAGAAAAUUGCUAUUGAUACACGUAAUUGCAUAAUUUUCAAUUUAAUUCAAUGUAGGAGAGUGAUUUUAAAUUUUUGGCCUUAACUUUCGAUGAUUGAAGAAAAAGGAUUUUAAAAGCAAAAGUUAGACUCUUGAAGGAUCCUCUAAUGGAUCCACGUACUUAUUUGCUGAGCAUUCGAAGAAAACUUAAAAGUUUCUUCUUUUUCAAACGAAGGAAGUGUUAAAAAAAAGUGUCGAGAAAAUCGAAGAAAUUGGUCUGUUUAAUAAUGAUCGAACUAGAAUUGUUGAGUGUACUGAUAAAAAAGAGAGAGAUCAAAGAUUUGAGACUUUGAAGAAUGCUUUCUCAUGAAACAAGUGGAUGAUGAAAACUGAUGUAACAAAGUUGGAAAAACGUUAAAUGGUCAGGAUGAUUUUGUUGUUGAAUCGAAACGUUCGGAACAAUGACAGAAAAGAAUUGAUAGCGAACGAUGUCGAUCGACGAGAUAAUUGUUGAAGUGACGAGUGUACAAUCGACUAGUAGUAAGCCUGAAAUCCGUUGAUUGGUAAAAUAUCGCUAGGCCGUUGUCCCUGAUUGUGUGAAAACUGAUGAACAGAAGAGAUAUAAUAGUCUCUUUUUCUUUUUCCAAGUUUUUUGUAAUUUAUUUCAUUCAAUAAUUUUCCUCAUUUUCUAAUAUCUUUCUAUCAUUGAAAAAUUAUUAUUUCAAUUAAAAAAUAACUAUUGUUAUCAAUUAAUAGUCUAUAUACAAUAUUUAUAUAAAGAGUAUUAACAUCUUAUAAUUUUAAUGUAAUUCUUAAUGCCUUAGCAAUUUUUAAAUUUGAUUUCUUCUUCUAAAUUAAAACACUCUGUACAUAACAUUCAACUAUAGAUAUAAAUAUUAACAAACAUUUUCUUAGUUCCAUAUAUUAUAUUUCAAUACCGUUCAAUUUUAUUAUAACUUUUAAUUCUUAAAUUCUUUUAAAUUAUCACAUUGAAAAAAAAGAAACGAACUUCGGUUCAUUCGAUUCUCCACAAAUUCAGGAACAUUAAUUAAUAAGAACGUUCUAAAAUAAUUCUUUGCUAUAGAUUACCAAUUAAAAUAAGGAUAAGUAUUCGAUAUUUAAUGGCGACUGCAAACGACGAAUUCCUCUCAUCGCUCGCUUCUUUCCUCCAACUGAUCCCAUGGAUGAAAUCUGACAAAAAUUGGACGAGAAAUGCAUUUUCAGAAUCGACACAACGAUGCUUCCUUGGUCGAGGUGGAUGGUCGUCGACAUCGAGGACGUCGUUGUCGUCGAAGAUGACGCGUGAGAACGACCUGAUUUCCUUCUGAAAAAUCGUACGACUACCUUUUAUCAAUUUUAUGCGUCUCCUAUAAUACUUUUAGUAUUAUAUAGUUCAAUUUUUGCAUGGUGGAAUGGAUUUUAUGAAUCGUUUCGAUUUGAAUUUCGAUUUGCGUGUAUUGGAAAUUUUAAUAUUUUUAUUAAAUUUAAUUCGAGUGGGAAUAUCGUACGAUUUUUGGAUAUUUGAUAUUUAAUCUUUUGCGCUCUGAUUCUUUAUCGAUUUGUAUCAAGUCAUGAUAAGAGUGAUUUUAUAGAUAUUUUAUUUUAUAUUUAAAAUAUGGGAUGAAAAUUUCUUUUCCAAAAAUGUCGAUGCCUAAAUUUUGUAUUUCUAUAAAUUAAGGAAUGAUUUUUUCUAAAAAAUAGGAAAACGAAACCAAUAUCUCUGAAAAGGGGAUCAAAAUUAAUUUUUAAAACACUGCCAAUAUUAUUCCGUCCUUUUACAAUACAGCUCCAAUAAAGUAGACAGAUUUUUCCACCAUUGUAUCAUCAAAUUUUUAUAUCUUCAUAUCUUGUUAUUAUAAAUAUCCUUCACAUUGAAUAUUUCCUUUAUUAUUUAUCAAUUUCCAUAUCCCAUACAUAUCUUCCAUAUUGUUUUCUCUAUAUAUAACGUUCUUCUUUCACAGAAUAUUCUCCAUUUUCAUAUUUUAAAAGUUACUAUAUAUAUUUUCUCUUCCAGAUAUACAAUUUUUCCUUUCCCAUACAAUAUUGUUGCACGUCCAUGUUCUCUCUUCGCAUGUACAGAAUUUUUCAUUAAACCAACCCUUCUGAUUUUCAUAAUUUAUCAUCAUGGAUAUUUUUAUCAGAGGGACAGGUUCAUUUUCAUUUUUUGAUUGUAUCCAAAUUUUUGACAUUCAAAUUCAUGACGCGCGUAUUCCCCCUUUAUCCAAUAUAACGGUGAAUAGAAAGAAAAAAGGGUAAGGGAAUGAAAAGAAGGAUGAGUGAAAAGAAAGAAAAAUGGCAUGUCGUCCAGGGCCUGCUAAUGGACUCAUUAGCAAGCCUCCCCAAGAGAGAUUCUUGCCCCAGACGUGGUGGAGGUGAAAUUCACGCUCCACUGGCGUCUCGGAGGACAUAUUCGCAUGAACAGGAUGAUUAGGCGAGAACUUGCGAGAAUUGCUGUGUUGCUACGAAUUCCUCUGGCGGUGAAUGCGGGAGGGCCACCGCAAUGGAAUUUCUCAAUUGAGCAUUCUAAACUUCUAUCGUUUCAAAAGUUCGUAGUUCUGAUGGUAACUCGUUUGGAAAGAUUUUUAUUUCAAUUCUUAAUCUAAUUCUUAAUGUAAAUGAAACGAAUUAGAAAAAUAUAAUGGUUAAAUUAUCAAAUACCGUUAUAUUGCAGCAAAUUCUUUUCACCAAUUCUUUUUUCAUCCCCUGCAAUGUGAAAUGAUAUAAAUAUAAUACGACAUUAAUCGAACAAGGAAACAUAAACAUGACUUACUGAUUCCUAUUUCCUGGGGUACCAACUUAAAAUAAAAUAUCAAUAAAGAUCAAGAGCGCAAAGAGUUGUUGUAUUCAGAGAUCGUUGUGUUAAUUCCACAAAAUCACUCGUAUUAUUCGGGUCCAUGGAAGAAACAUCGAAAGACAUGGAAUUUAAUUGUAGUAAAUCGAAAAAUUUUCCAAGAAACGCGAGGUGUUGGCGUACACAAACGUGGCUGGAAUUUCGAUCGCGAUCUUUUUCCACCCUCUAAUCGUGCAUCUCCUCUGUCCACGCCAAAUAAGAGAAAGAGAGAAAGAUGAGAAUGAAUAGAAGGAGAAAGAGGAGGAGAAGAAGGAAUUAAAGUUCUGCGUCGCCUGCACCCUCUUGUAUUUACGACGUCACACCUUUAGUUCUAAGCUGAAAGUGUCUUUUCCGCGACUCUCGCUCCGAACGAUUUCGAUGAGAAUUUAACCCCUUGCCUCGUGAUAUCGGGUCACGUUCGCGGACCAAGGAAGGAAUUAUGAUUUUGCUUCGAUAAAGAAAAGGAAAGGAACGCUUAAAAGAAGAUCUUUUUUUAUUGUGAAAUAUAAUAUCGUUUAUGAGUAGUUUCUUUUUUCUUUUUUGUAUUAAAGAUUUGGAUUUGUUGCUGUAGGAUUUAGAAGGUAAAGCAAAAGAUGUUUCAGAGUAGAGAAAAAAUUUUGGUGAUACGAUUUUUGAGGUUUAAGAAAAUAUAUAUAAAUUAGGUUACAAGGGGUUAAGUAAAAAGAAAAGAGGAGGGAAAAGGCAAGGGAUUGAAGGACACUUAAGAUUGCACUUUAAUUGGUUAAAGUGAUCCUAGAUAAUUUUUUUUUCUUUUGAAUAAAAGUUGUAUAAUAUUUUUUUGUUUUGUUUAUUAGAAAACAAGAACACUUGUUGUUCUAACGUCAGUGCAAUGUACGAUAAUGCAAUUGUACAGUGAUAAGAAAAUAAGAGUUAAGAGUAGAUAGAAUAAAAUUAUUGAUGUUAUAUAGAGGCUUGGAAAGAAACGAUUUCCGAUUAUCUGUCGAAAAUAAAAUUGUUACGUUUGAUGAAAUGGAAUUUUUGAAUUGGCGAUCGAAUGAUUGUUGUACAAUGGAAGAAAGUAAUUAAGUAUCGUAAUGUAAAUGGGUUGAUCGAUUAACGUGUAUGCGUGAUAAAAGAGAAAAGAGAGAGAGAGAGAGAGAAAUAUCAAAAGAAGAAAAAUUAUUAUAUAUAAUCUUUAGAAAUUCGAAUCUUUUAAUAAGAAUAUUUAAUAUUCAUUUAAUUACCAAUUAACAUGUGAUAAGACAAAUAAGAAAAUGAUAUAAUUGAAUGCUCGAAUUUUUAAUUAACAAACAUUGGUUGUAAACCAAUUAUUAUUAUUAUUAAUAUAUUGUGCAAUGGAAAAAUGAAUUAAAGAUAGAACUUGAGGAUUGAGAGAUGAGAAAUGCUAUUUAAAAAAAACCGCUCUUUCUUGGAUUCUUUUCUCAAGAUUUUUCAAAAUCUCGAAUCGCAGAUUCUCGAGAAUUUUCAGCUCAAAAUUAAUGCAAUUUUGAUGAAAAAGAAAAAAAAAUCGGAAGUCGAUGAAUGCGUGCGAAGAGAUUUUUCGUAUAGAGAAGAAAAUUUUAAUCAAUAGCCAAUUUUAGUUUAGAUAAUUUUGGUAGACGCUCGUUAAGAAUUUACGAAUGCAUGAACCUUUUUGAAUAUUAAGGAAGUAUGAAUGGUGAAAAAGAAAUCCGAGUUUCAGGGGUGAAGAAUUUUUUCCAAAGAGCCAACAAUCUAGAAAAUUGUCUCUUUGGUUGAAUCGCGACGAAGGCAUUAACCAUGCUGCCAAAUACAAGAAAAGAAUACAUUUACAAUUGUACGUAGGAAUUAAUCGAUAGAUAGGAAAGUAGUGCCGUAUCGUGUUCCGAUUACUCACAAAUCUUGGAAAGAACUUUUUCCCUUAAUUUUUUGACAAUAAAUCGUCAAAUGAUUUUUUUUUUUAAUACAAAAAAAAGGCUUUGUCAGACAAUAAGAACUAUCUAUCUAAAAUUUUGAUUUUUCUUCGUCGAGAAAAUUACUUUUUGAACGAGGAAAAAAAAAGAAAGAUUUUUAGAAAUAAUUCUUUGUUUAUUUAAGAUGGAUUCUGAAAGUAGAAUUUGUAAAUUUUCGAGAGAUAAAUAUAAUCGAAGAAAAAUUCUUAAUUCUUUUACUUUUUUUUUAAAUAAAUUCAAAUUUCUCGAGGAGAAGAAGAAGAGUAGUUUAAAAUUUUAGAAUUAAACAUCAACAUUUAAAGAAAUAUAUAUCUUUCUUACCUCUGAUAUUUCUAAAUCGAUUUGUGGGGAAUUCGAACGAAAAAAAAAAUGUGUUCUCUCCGGCAAUUUAGUCGAUCAUCGUACCUACUUGUUUAACGAUAUUAAUACACACUUACAAAGUUAUAUAUAUAUAUAAUAUAUAUAUAUAUAUACAUAUAUAUAUAUAUAUAUAAUAUAUAUAUAUAUAUACAUACAUCUACCAAAAACACGUGGCGAACUGGCUGUGAUUAUGUUAGUGUUAUGAACUCAAUAAAAUAUAAUAUCGUCGACACGAUUAAUAAUAAUGAUGAACACGGAAUAUAUCUGUAAAUACCGACUAAUUGGAUAUAAAUAUAAAUACGAUUAUAUACGCUGUGAUUUGAUCACGGGCCAUAUUUAAAUGGAGAGUUUGUCACCUCUCCAACUGUGUAUCAAAACAAUCGAUUGCCUGCAAUAAAGUCGAAAUCAUACCAUGGUUUCUGUAA